UUGAUUCAUCUUCCUCACUUCAACAACCUGCAAAUUCCAUCAUAAUCCAAAAUCUAAAUGUAUUACCUGUAAUAGGAGAUGGAUUUAUAGCAAAGUCAAUGGGCUUUCAAAAUUCUGCAGGACUAGAUGCAAAUCAAGCAGUGGCUCUCGUAUCAAAAUCCGACAGAUCAACAUUCUAUGACGUCCAAAUAACAGGUUACCAAGACACACUAUACGCCCAUAGCCAACGCCAGUUCUACACCAACUGCACCAUUUCAGGCACCGUUGACUUCAUAUUUGGGUUCAGUGCAACCAUCAUCCAAGACUGCAAGAUCAUAUCAAAACUUCCGGAAGCUGGUCACGCGACGACAAUCACAGCCCAUGGAAGAAAAGGACCCAGACAAGCCACUGGAUUUGUUAUCCAACACUGCGACAUUGUAGCAAAUGAGAAGCUAUAUCCUUUUAGGUCUCUAGUAAAGAGCUAUUUAGGACGUCCGUGGAAGAAGUAUUCAAGGACGGUUGUGAUGGAAUCCAACAUCGAUGAUUUUAUUCAACCGGAUGGGUGGUUACCAUGGGGUAACGACUUUGCAUCAUUGGACACUUGUUUUUAUGCUGAGUAUGCAAAUGUUGGCCCGGGUGCGAAUACUGAUAAGAGGGCUAAGGGGAAGGGUGUCAAGGUGAUUACUGAUAGGAACGAGGCUAUGAAUUUUACUGCCGGACCUUUCCUUACAGCAAACCAAUGGUUAAGAGAACCCUUCUACCUUGGACUAUUUAAAGGUCGUUGAUUUAUGAGAUGGAUACACUGAUUUAGAUUGAACUAAAGAAAUGAUUUUGGAGCUAGAUUGGUAGAUUGAAGGAAAUAAUUGUUUGAAUAGAUAAUACGGUAUGGAUACGCUAGCUAGAUUACGUUUGAUUUUUUGGAACUUGAUUAUUUAUUUACAGAAUUCUGAAUAAAACAAAUUAGUGCU